AUGUCGUAUUGUGCGGUUUGUCAGCGCUCCAUUUUGUACUUCUUCCUCGAUGCCGACGCCCGUCGGGGUCUCAAACGUGCCUUGGACUUGGAACCCUUCUCCAUCUUGGAAUUUGCGAUGUAUCCUUCGGACUAUGAUGAUCGGCUUUUACACAGGUUUCAGCACUACGACUCUAUUUCUGAGCUACAAACAUCUGCAAUUUCUUGCGAGCUAUGCUCAUUGAUGCUUCCCUUCCUCCUCGAAAGCUCUAUCAUCGACUAUAACGAGGCUCAUUUCGACACUAAGUUUGCCGUAAGACGCCGAGGUGCCAUUUAUCUCCUUCCAUCGGCACAGCAUACGUCGAAUUGGAAAAACGCAGAAACACUCCCUCAGCCUGUUUAUAACAGGAAGAGCGACUUCUACUUUUUUGAUAACUUAUAUAAAUCAGGCGGAUAUAGUCAUGUUUGGGUUGAAAAACGAGCUAUCUGGGCUACGGAUCACAUCAAAUUCGAGGCAAGAGUUAAGACAAUUCAGAACUGGCUUGGCAAUUGCUUGACUGAUCACGAGGAAUGCCGUGUGCCAGAAGUUAGGCGUCCAGCACGGUUCCUUGUCCUUCAUGCGAGUGUAGAUGACGGAGAUCUCCGACUCGUCAGUACAGCCAACCUGUCCCAGUUGAACCGCAUCAAAUACACAGCUUUAAGCCAUUGCUGGGGCUCAAAUACAAAUCACGCAGCUCGCACUACUCGUGAGAACGUCCAUCAGAAGAUGACACGCAUCUCGUUUCAUUCUCUUCCGAAGACCUUCCAAGAUGCCAUCAAAGUAACCAGAGCGAUUGGCAUAUGGUUCAUUUGGAUUGACUCUCUCUGCAUUAUCCAGAAUGAUGGUGAUGAUUGGGCGAUGGAGGCAUCCAAAAUGGCCGAUGUCUACAGAGGAAGCUAUCUGACUCUAGCAGCUUCCUCAUCACCGGACGCAAAUGGAGGGCUAUUUCUAGACUGCCAAACCCCGGCGAAAGCUGUGAACUUCUCCCCUGAGUUGUUUCCACCGGAAUUUGAACAAAAGCUUCCUAAGAGCUGCUUGGUUCGUCAUCCAGUAGCUUCAAGAGCUGCGAUACUUGACGGACCACUCAGCAAGAGAGCAUGGGUCCUUCAAGAACAGAUUCUGUCGACUCGAAUCAUUCAUUUUACCAAUACCCAGAUGUUCUAUCAGUGCACAUUUGGACUAAACUCAGAGGAUGAUGUUAUCAGUAGCAGACUGUCGGAGCUCCCCAGCCUGGUGGAAUUCAAAUUUGAUUACUCAUUAAAGAGGCCUUUCCUUUGGUUCAAGUGGGUAACCGAGUUCAGCGCCCGUCAUCUCAGUUUUGAUAGUGAUAGAAUACCUGCCAUGGCUGGUUUAAUCAAACACUACGAGCACAUAUCGCUUCAACGGCCCAUCCUAGGUCUUUGGGAUGGCACUUUCUGGAUUGAUCUAGCCUGGUACGGCUAUACACCAGCGAGCAGCAAAACUCGCCACAGCAAUGAUACGUUCGAGGGCAUUCCAAGCUGGACCUGGUUCUCGUCCAAAGCCAAGCGCAUCCACAACUUAUUUGACGAUCUGUGCUUUUUAGACGGAGGUCAUUCUCCUGAGGAGAACAGCAAAGUCAAGCUAAUUCACCAUAGUUGUGACUGGACAGGACCUCCAUAUGCAUCGACAUUGAAAGGUGCGGAGCUUAGAAUAUCAGGUUCCCUCAAGCCUGUUAGGCUUCAGCAUCCUACAAGUGCAAGCUUGCCCUUCCUCGACGGCGACAAUACAUUCGACUCAAGACAAGGAUCUGAAAAUGGGCAACCGCCUGGGCUGUUGUUAUAUCUCGACAGUGUGAAAAUGGACCUUGAUCAGGAUCGGUUGUUUCUUCUCCGCCUUUUUACGGCCAACGUUAAAGAUAGCAUUUCGGACUUGGACGAUUUUGUCUUGUUACUGCGAGAAGAAAGUCAUAACAACAAUACGGUAUUUCGUCGACUGGGCGCGGGAUAUCUAGCAAGACCACAGCCUGAGCCGUUUAUUCUGUUCAGUACUACUCAUCUGAGCUGUUUGGAUGAGCCAAUGGAUGAAGAAAGCCUCGAUGAAUUAUUCAAGAAACCAGAGGCUCCACCCGCAUUUUUUGACGAUGCUCCUGUUCAAGAAGUUAUACUAGUAUAG